AUGACGGUGUCCUACACCCUCAAAGUGGCGGAAGCCCGCUUCGGAGGUUUCUCUGGCCUGCUUCUGCGUUGGAGGGGCAGCAUCUACAAGCUUCUCUAUAAGGAGUUCCUUCUCUUCAUCGCCUUGUAUGCUCUGCUCAGCAUCACCUACCGGCUGCUGCUGACCCAAGAACAGAGGCAGGUAUAUGCCCAGGUGGCCCGCUACUGCAACCGCUCUGCGGACCUCAUCCCCUUGUCCUUCGUUUUAGGCUUCUACGUGACCUUGGUUGUGAACCGCUGGUGGGCGCAGUACACCAGCAUCCCGCUGCCGGACCAGCUGAUGUGCGUCAUCUCCGCCAGCGUGCACGGCGUGGACCAACGCGGCCGCCUGCUGCGCCGUACCCUCAUCCGCUACGCCAACCUGGCGUCGGUGCUCGUGCUGCGCUCGGUCAGCACCCGCGUGCUCAAGCGCUUCCCCACCAUGGAGCACGUGGUGGACGCAGGUUUCAUGUCCCAGGAAGAGAGAAAAAAAUUCGAGAGCCUGAAAUCUGACUUCAACAAAUACUGGGUCCCCUGCGUCUGGUUCACCAAUCUAGCGGCGCAAGCCCGGCGGGACGGGAGAAUCCGUGACGAUAUUGCUCUCUGCCUGCUCCUGGAAGAGCUGAACAAGUACCGAGCCAAGUGCAGCAUGCUGUUUCAUUAUGACUGGAUCAGCAUUCCACUCGUCUACACCCAAGUGGUGACCAUAGCAGUGUACUCCUUCUUUGCCCUCUCCCUGGUUGGCCGCCAGUUUGUGGAACCAGAGGCAGGGCCUACCAAACCUCAAGAGCUUCUUCCAGGCCAGGAGCCACCACCAGCCCUGGGGGACCUGGAUAUGUACGUGCCUCUCACCACUUUGCUGCAGUUCUUCUUCUAUGCCGGUUGGCUCAAGGUAGCUGAACAGAUCAUCAACCCCUUCGGUGAGGAUGAUGACGAUUUUGAGACCAACAAACUCAUAGACCGCAAUUUGCAGGUGUCCCUGCUAUCUGUGGAUGACAUGUACCAGAACCUGCCACCCGCCGAGAAGGACCCAUAUUGGGACGAAGACGCGGCACAACCGCCCUACACAGUAGCCACAGUGGCAGAGUCUCUGCGGCCUUCCUUCCUGGGCUCCACCUUCAACCUGCGCAUGAGCGACGACCCGGAGCAGAGCCUGCAGGUGGAGGCGUCCCCCGGGCUCGCCCGGCCUGCGCCCACCGCACAAACCCCGCUGCUCGGCCGCUUCCUGGGUGCAGGAGCGCCUUCCCCCGCCAUCAGCCUCCGGAACUUCGGCCGCGCGCGGGGAGCCCCCCGGACCCCCCACCUGCUGCGCUUCCGGGCGGAGGAGGGCGGCGACCCCGAGGCCGCGGACCGCAUCGAGGAGGAGACGGCAGAGUCUGGGAACGAGCCCGAGGAGCCCUGAGCCCUGUCUCUCCGAAAGCCCGGCUCCGGGGUCCCGCUCCGCCCCUCCCUGAGUCUUUAAUGAGAUUGAGAUGCAAAGAGAAGAUACGGGAGACCAGAGCAGGGGUUAUAGCUUAGUGAUUAUGUAAAGAGACUCUCAUGCCUGAGUCUUCGUUCAAUCCCCCACACCAUAAACCAGACCUAAGCAGUGCUGCAGUUAAAAAAAGAGAAGACGUUCCGGAGGUGGCAAUGGAUAAAGCACCGGAUUUUCAAGUAUGAGGUCCCUAGUUCAAUCCUCGGUAGCACAUGUACCAGAGCGAUGUCUGGUUCUUUCUCUCCUACUAAUGGAUUUUUUUUUUUUUUUUGCCUCCACGUUUAUUGGCUGGGGCACGAACCCGCUGCUCCUGGAGGCUAUUUUUUCCCUUUUGCUACCCUUGUUGGUUAAUAUUGUCAUUGUUAUUGCUGUAGUUGUUGGAUAGAGAGAAAUGGAGAGGAGGGGAAGACAGAAGGGGGAAAGAUAAGACACCUGCAGACCUGCUUCACCGCCUGUGAAGCGACUCCCCUGCAGGUGGGGAGCCAGGGGCUCAAACUGGGAUUCUUAUGCCAGUGCGUUUAACCCGCUGCUCUAUCACCCGGCCUCCAAAUAAAAUAUUAAAAAAAAAAAAAAGGCGGGGGAGAUAGCAUAAUGGUUAUGCAAACACUCAUGCCUGAGGCUCCAAAAGUUCCAGGUUCAAUCCUCUGCAUCACCAUAAGCCAGAGCUGCUGUUUCUGCUUCUCUCAAAAAUUAUUUUUUAAAAAAAGAACAGAGCACUACUCAGCUCUGGAUUAUGGUGGUGCCGGAUAUUGAAACGGGGACUUUGGGGGUCUUUUUGCUUAUCUGUUGUUACCUACCCCACCCCCACCCUACAGCA